AUUCUGUGGGUUGAGGUGCAUUGUAGAUUAUUACCGGAUGCAGCUUGCGGAAUUUUGUCUAUAUAAAGAGAGCUAAUUCAUUGUAACAUUGCAACUACCUCUUUGACAAUAUAACCUGGAAAAAGACUGAAAAAUUCAGAACAAAGGUUCAGUUAUGUAGGAGUGUUUCAGAGUUUAGAGUCAACAAAACAGGCAAGCAAACUUUCAUAACUCAGCUUCUUUUCCACAACUAGAGUAGGCAAAGUAGAUAACACAAAAAUUAUUUCGAUUUUUUCCUUCAAUCAUAACCACAAUAGAACUUCUAAUGCACACCCUAAUAAUAUUUCUCCUCUUCCAAAUAGUACAGAUGGUUCACCUCGUUCGUGUAGUCAAGGGUCAGUGGUCUAAAUCCCAACAGGGGGUAUGGAGGUUCGCGCGAUAUGAGUCAGUGUUUCGGGAGGAUAUUGUCAUCGGCAACAAUGCAACAAUGGUUGAGCUUAACCGCUUUUAAUCACUUUCCAACUCCCGCAUCCACACAAUGGAUGCUUGAACCUGACGGUGAAACUUCUCCACCUCACAACAUUGUUGCCAAUGCCGAUAUUGACAUGCUAAUGAGUAUCCAUGAAUGGAAUACGAAGCCACAACUUUGUCUGAUAUUCGGAGCCGAGGACGUUGCUAGGUACCAAUUCAUUUGUAGAGCUCCAUUUAAAAUCGGCAAUCGAACUUUCCUUGCAGAGGGAAUCACCGGAGAACAGCACAUAUAUGCUAUAAAGGAUAUGGCGCGUGGCCAAGAACUCGUCUGUAGUGAUCAAGCUCUAAAGGAGACUUUCACUGAGGCCGAUCUCGUCAGUCUGUAUCGAUUUUCCUUCGAAAUAGAGCGAGCCAGAAACCGUCUGGACCUUAACGUCGGCGCAGCUGAUAUUACUGGAGAUCACGUUGUCCCUAACCAUAUACAUCCUAAUAGGUCGGAGCCAAGAUUGGGCCCUGUGAAUCAGCCAGAGUGAGCAUGACGUUUAGGUCACACUUACGAAGCUGGUACGUAUACUUAUAACAAAAACAUCAACAUACAUACAGUUAAAGUUUAUAUCAAGAACGCUAAACGUUAACAUCUAUAGAUACCGACAUCGAAAGAUAAGCCACCAAAUGUGUAAAUAUGUAUGGAUUUCCAAGUGGAGCAUGGACAACGAACAGACAUCCUGCAGGAGUUCAUGGUGGCUUGGGAGGCACUUUUGUCGCAAAUGCCCCCACCCAUUACAAUACUACCACUUGGCCUCCUCAAGAGACAAUGAUUACAUAUUGGGAUAAUUUAAUGUCUUCAAGGUACGCAUUGGAGUUAAAGAGAAUAUAUGGGGUCCCUGGAUCUGAACACACAGGCUACCCGUACGCAACUCUCAAUAUUGGGAGCCCCAACACUCCAAUCGGUCCUCCAAUUAUGUUCCUCAGCAAUGAAUCAUCGACAGCUUCUUCAGUUAGAGCUACAAGGAGGGAUGAAUUUGGUGAAGAAAAGACCAUAUAUAGUGUGCCAACUGGAGAAAUAACCAUGGGAACAAUAUGCAUGCAAGGUGAGAGUUCUGCAAUGGGUGCCAAAGGUGGGAGCCACGCAAAUGCUGCUGAAUUGGUUUCUCCUCGAAACUAUGAAGUGGAGAGUACAUCGGUUCAGCUUACACCGGUUAGAGGAAAUGAACAGGCUGCUGACGAUACACCAGUUAAAAGUGAAGAGGGAAACGAUGAAAAGGGGAAAAACUGAUUGAAAACAGGGGCCUUAUGAUGGUUUUCGGCAUGUAAAAUGGACGGGCAGAAGAUCGUUUUUGUUUCUCUGUGAUCAGCUGUUAUGGGUUAACAUCGUGUGUCUGAUGAAUCUUAUGUUGCCUUUAUUUUAGCUUAUGUAAAAUAGCGGCUACGUUUUUAAUGCUUUCAUGUUAAGUUGUUUUGGUUGUGUAAUAUGAACUCUGUGUGAUAAUCUUAUGCAAUGUAAAAUAUUUGAUAAAAAGACGGUGUUAUGAUUGUUUU